GGUAACGCAGGUGCGCGAAUGAGCGUGAGCGGAAGUGAAGUUCAUGGGUGAAGGUGAUCGGGUCGAACGAAACCGAAAGAAACAGCAAACAUAAAAUUUGUAUAUUAAUAUUUAAAUAUGACAACCAACAAGCCUAGCCCCCAAGCAGUAGGCCCAUCUGCUUCAAAGGCACAGACCUCAGCUGAACUUCCCAAAUUUGCGAAAAUUGUAUAUGAUACCAAGAAAACAGAGUCUUAUGUAAAAGCAGCACAUGUUGCGAAGCAUUCGUUGGAGACUGCGAGCUCGUUUCAGAUGAAGAUGUUGUUAAUGAUCGGAGGAUCCUGGCUGGCAAUGGGCAGUCUCAUGGCUCUCAACUGGGAAGGUGAACAUGGAUUCAAGAAGUGUUUCCAGUUCGGAUCUUCUUCCCACUCCUCCCAUCACUAGCACUGUCAAUAGUUUACAGUUUGAUGUGGGACCUUCCAGAAUUUCCCCAAUCAAGAGUUUUUUGACUUGACCUACUGGACAUACUCUUGUUUUAUGAGAAAAAUAAGAUGUGUGGACAAUAUUUAUGAGAAAUGUUGUGUUUUAAAAUGUUGCAUGUUUUGACAUAAAGGGCUUUAACAAUACACAUCUCCUAUUUAUGUUGAAUGCAUCGAGUUUAUACAUAUGAGCCCUGCUCUUUGAAGAGUGGGUUUAAUGCUAAUCAGGGACAACACUUUCUGCUUGUAUGAUAUUUUUUGUUUUAAGAAAGUGUCUGCUUAGCAAAAAUUCCGUUAAGGCGGAAAGUUAUGUCCCUGAUUAGCCUGUGCAGACUGCACAUGCUAAUUUGGGACAACACUACGCAAAUGCAUUAUCCGCCCUUUUCACAGUGCACGACUCAUAUGCAAGUUGAACUCUUCUUGCUCUACAUUUGGUUGUUCUUAUACACAAAUACAGUAAUACAUCGGAGGAUUUUUUAUGUCCCCCACUAUAGUAAUGGGGGACAUAUUGUUUUUGCCCUGUCUGUUGGUCUGUCUGUUGGUCUGUUUGCGCCAACUUUAACAUUUUGCAAUAACUUUUGCUAUAUUGAAGAUAGCAACUUCAUAUUUGGCAUGCAUGUGUAUCUUAUGAAGCUGCACAUUUUGAGUAGUGAAAUGUCAAGGUCAAGGUCAUCCUUCAAGGUCAGAGGUCAAAUAUAUGUGGCCAAAAUCGCUCAUUUUUUGAAUACUUUUGCAAUAUUGAAGAUAGCAACUUGAUAUUUGGCAUGCAUGUGUAUCUUAUGGAGCUGCACAUUUUGAGUGUUGAAAGGUCAAGGUCAUCCUUCAAGGUCAGAGGUCAAAUAUAUGUGGCACAAAUCGCUUAUUUUAUGAAUACUUUUGCAAUAUUGAAGAUAGCAACUUGAUAUUUGGCAUGCAUGUGUAUCUUAUGGAGCUGCACAUUUUGAGUGUUGAAAGGUCAAGGUCAAGGUCAUCCUUCAAGGUCAGAGGUCAAAUAUAUGUGGCCCAAAUCGCUUAUUUUAUAAAUUCUUUUGCAAUAUUAAAGAUAGCGACUUGAUAUUUGGCAUGCAUGUGUAUCUCAUGAAGCUGCAUAUUUUGAGUGGUGAAAGGUCAAGGUCAAGGUCAUCCUUCAAGGUCAGAGGUCAAAUAUAUGUGGCACAAAUCGCUUAUUUUAUGAAUACUUUUGCAAUAUUGAAGAUAGCAACUUGAUAUUUGGCAUGCAUGUGUAUCUCAUGGAGCUGCACAUUUUGAGUGGUGAAAGGUCAAGGUCAUCCUUCACAAGGUCAAGGUCAUCCUUCACAAGGUCAAGGUCAUAUAUAGGGGGACAUUGUGUUUCACAAACACAUCUUGUUUUGGAUAGGUUAUCACGUUAAGGCAAAAUAAGUAUUUAAAAUUGUACAUUACGGUUAUGCAGUUAUGUAAAUUUAAUAUAAAAAAUUAAGUCAGUUGCUUUCAUUGUUUUAAAAUUGUCAUGAUUUUUAAAGAUGUUUUUUAAAAAGCUGACAUUCAGACAGUUGUGCAGACUUGACAGCAAACCAUAUACAUUGUAUUGUGCGUGCAACUUGAUUGCUACUUGAUAGCAAACCAUAUACGGGCAACUUGACUGUUUUUGGUGAUGAAGCAAACAUUAGGCAAAUACUGUAUGCUUUGUUAUGAAGCAUAAGGUAAACAUAUCUUUCGACAAUGGAGGGCGAUAUUGAUUGCAACUCUGUUUCCCGACACAGCGUUUUGCAAGGGAAAGAAUCAAUGAUCAGUUAAUGAUGUGACCUAAGCAUAGGUUACCUCCCUGAAAUAGUUUUGUAGACGACGCAGAGUUAUGUUCGAAUUCGCUCACUUUUCGUGGACAUAUUAUUCAAGAAGCUGGCACGAACGUUGCCUGGUGACUAAUUUGUCUAAACACGAGCCUUCGUGCUUUUCUUCAUCUGGUAUAAUCGCCGGGAAAUUUCUUUAAGUUCAGCGUUUAGUCUUGACACUUAACUACUGAUUGACAGAUGCGCUUGUUGUAUUGCUGUUUCUCUCCAGAAAAAGGCAUUCAUUACCAUCAUAACGUAACGUAACACUUUAACAUGAAAUUUUGACGCUUUUCCCAACUAUAGAAUAUAUUCUGAAAAUGAAAGACUAGCAGCCGCCUGUUCCUUUCCCCGCAUCCGAUUUUGUAAAGCAGGGUUGUUUUCUAUUCUUUUUGGUUAAGAUUAAUUUGCGACAGUGUUUAUUUCUUGUUUAACAGUCAAUAGUUUUGCAAAAAUGCUGAAUAAUAUUUACCCAAUUAUUUGUAUUUUGCGCUUUGUGCUCGCCGCUGAAUAUAUCAAACAUGGAAUGUGAAAUAAAAAUUGUAUAGCGCUUGCUCGUCCCGAAGUUUUGCGGCAGAAAUCCGUCGAACCACUGAUCAAUUUGUCGUUGCCCAAUCUUACUUUUUAAAAAACUUGAACAUACUCUACAAAAUAUGCCUAUUAUGAAUUUAAUCUUUUCCGCAAGGGAGUUGCGAGGACAUUUUGAAUACAUCUCGUCAGUCAGAGAUGCGACAACAAUGCAUCUUUUUCUCGACCAAUAACAAGUGGAUAGUUUUAUCUAUGGAUGAGGUCAUCCUUAAAUAUAGACCAUCAUUACUGAAAUCCCCUUUGCGAUAUUUAAGUGUUUAGGAAAACAAUUGAAAAUUGUUUAUUUAUUUUAAAAUAAAAUUUAAAGUGCCGGUAACGAUUUAAUUGUCCGAUUAUGUUUGUUUAGCAAAUCGUUGUUCUAAACAUGGGAGGGGUUUCUGAGCAUAACAACUGGUUGAUCUUAGUAACGGAUUAAGCCCUUGAAGGCACACAGGCAGUAGAACUUUAGGGACCCACGCCCCAGCUAAGUGACCAAUGUAGGCCAAUGCCAAGUCGAUUUCACUCGUUUAAAUAAGUCUACCGGUGCAAACGCUGGCAAAGGCAUUGUGUUGAAUUCCACUCUAGUCUGAGACCCCAAAUAAACAUCUCGCAAAUGAAAUCCCCAGCAAAACAAUACGUUGUUUCAAAUACUCAAUGAUUGUCAAUUGGUAAGACAACCUCGAAACCUUUGUUAAGUCAUUCGAUUAGUUUAGUAAGUAAUAACAAUGCUUUCGUCACGGUUUCAUGGGGCCCUGAAAGUCGCGGAGCCCAAAGACAUUUGCCUACUCUGACUAAUGGGUAAUCCGGGACUGGUUACUCCGAUCGUAGUGAAAGUAAAAAAAUGCACACGGAAGUGAGACGACCUAUUGGACGAUUUAUGCGUUCAAUAGAGGUCUCGUGAACACAGUUUAAUUGAAAAGCAUUGGUAAGCCGAAUACAACAGUGAUUGAUAUGAAACACUCCUCUCCAUUUCAAGCAUUAAUUGUAUUUUAACAGCAUCGCGGAUUAGCUUAUCUAUGAUGUUUUAGCGACUGUAAAGUGUGGUAAUAAAGCAAAGACGGCUGUGAUCGGUCAUGACGAUGGAAUGUGUGCUCCUCGUUGUUAAUUAAUAAUCAAAUAUGUUUUUUGGUUUAGCUUAGACAAUUAAUUAUGAGAAACACGUGCAUCCUGUUUUGCGAUAUAUUAUAAUGAUGACAGCGAGGACUUAAUGCAAACAAUUUCAUCAGAAUUAAACACGGACGCUACAGUGCGUUAUCUUCCUUGUAAAUGGCACAUAGAAUGGGCGAUGUACACUUAUUUUCAGUUUCUAAUUUGGAGUCGGGACGUACCAGGUUCUUUUAACAGCAUUCGCCAUCGUAAAAUGUUGAGUGUAAAUCGUAUUUUAUGUGAAGUGAAAAUACUUCAUCAAACUGAGAUUGUGUAAUAAAUAAUUAUGAUGGUGUAAACAGGAUAUAAACAUAUUAGAAGUAUAUACUUUUAUGCAUACAUUAUAAAAUACAUGGAACAAAACUGGUGAACUGUCCAGUGCAUACAAAUAUAUCUUUAAUAUAUAAUAUAAUAUUGUAACAGUAUACUAUCCGCUCAGCGGCAUGGAGACUCCUGCAGAGAUUCUAGCGCGACUCAACCAUGAGGAGGCGAAACAGUACGUGGGUGGGGUUGUGUUCGUGGCGCUGCUCAUGACGGCGGGGAUAUUCGGCAACCUGCACGUGCUCUACGUGUACGUGUUUCGCAUGAAGUCCUCCAACCACCGUGUUUUUAUCCUUACCCUGGCCACACUCGACUUCAUUACGUGCGUGGUGGGAAUGCCGUUUAUCCUCGUGGAUCUCCGCAAUCCACUCACAUUCACUCUGGUGGCCGCAUGCAAGGUCCUCCGCUUCGUCAACUACUUUAUCUGCAUGUCUUCCGCCUUGCUGCUCAUCGUCAUCGCCGUUGAUAGAUACCGGAAGAUUUGUGUUCCUUUUGGCAAGCAGAUGUCCCGAAUGAUUGCCAAAAUCUCUUGCCUUGUGGUUAUCGGUGUCUCCAUACUGCUUUCCUGGCCCGCCCCCGUGUUGUAUGGGCAGGACAUCGUGAUGACGUCACACGAGAACAUCACGGGCACGCGCUGUUAUGAAGAGAACAAAUUUCGGGGAACAAAAUACAUGGCGUACUUUAACGUGCUUCUUAUACUCGUGUCUUUCGUGGCUUUCGUCGUUCUCCUGGUCCUGUACUCGCUGAUUUGGAGGGUCAUACGGAAACAUAGAUUGAAACGCGCGGAACUAGAAGAAGCGGAAGGCCAUAGCAAGACAGCAACGAAAAUGUCGAACGUGACGUCAUCAGUGGACACCUCCGCCUCUCAGUCGGUAGACAGUGACGACACAACAAAAGAACAGUGCGACAAAAAUGUCAAGAACGAACAACCUAACACCAGCCAGUCUGUAUGGUCACGGCGAGGAGACGCCGAGAAAGCCAAGCAAGAUCACGCCAAACGGACGACAGUGAUGUUCGCUUUAAUCACAGCAGUCUUCGUAUUGAGCUACUUCCCACAUCUGUUGUUGAAGAUCAUCACUUUCCUGAAUCCAAACUUCGUGCCAACCAUGAGUUUCACUGGCCUCGUGUUGUACAACACUUUCAUCUGGUGCUUCUUUAUCAACAACAUGGCUAAUGCUUACAUAUACGGUUUCCUGGACCGGAGAUUUAGAGCGGAAAUAAGACUCCUUUACGGGCAGAUUUUGUUUUGUAGGCAGAGAACUAAAGAUAAUAUAUAAGAGAACUUAAUAUUUAAAUUGAAACAUUUACCUUUAACGAGACUCGAGCCCGAUACUUAAGGAUUCAAAACAAACUGGCACAUUAACCAAUUUAUGCCGACUAGUGAAGUUUAAAUACAUAAAUAACGUUCCGUGACACACGAAUUCCGAAAAAGAAGCUAUCUAAGUGUAUAUAUUUCAAUUGAUGAAUAUCUCUUGCUAAUGACUAGUAUUACUCUUGAAUAGAUAUAUAAUGUAGAGGUCGUGCUUUUUUUCUGUUUGUAAUGUGGGAUCAAGAAUUCUAACACGGCACGUGCGAAAUUUCAUAUAAACAAAGAAGAACUUCCGGCCGUGGGUUAUUCGACAACAAACUAUGGGCGUAUUUAUGAGAGAACUUCGCAUGAAAUAGUAUACAAGAAAAAUAAGAUACCUUGUAUACGUCUUUAGUAAAAACCGUGUUAGAAUCGAAAUAAUUCUUGUACGUUAUAGUUUGUUGUCGAAUAACCCAUGGCCGGAAGUUUAGAUGCGUGGUUUCAAAUCACUCGUGCUUCGCACUCGUGAUUUAAUCCCUACGCAUCUAAACUCUCGGCCGUGGGUUAUUCGACAACAAACUAUAACGUACACGAAUUAUUUCUUAAUUAACAUCGCAAAUUGGUACAAGUUUAACGGCUGGAAUGUUUAGCCGGAAGUAUAUAUAAAUUAUUGUUUUAUUCUCAUAUACGAACAUGCCUUAAAAUUGCUAUGCUUUGUCAAGGUUACUGGUCAUCACUAAAAAUAGUGGCGACGGAUGAAGCUCGAGGUACACUUGGCAAUAUUAAGUAGACCACUUAUAUGUCGCCAGUUCAAUAAGGAUGUAAAAUGAUAAUAGUUUUACUGAUUAUAUUGCUUCGCUUACCCCUUGACCGCAGCGCACCGAUGCAGGCUUUUCAUGUAUGUUAAAUUGUAUGGAUCUCGAGCGAUAUAUCUAUACAUUAUACAACCGAUGAUCAUGUAAAUAAAUCAU